AGUUAAAAAAAAAGUUCGGUUACAGACCUUCGAUCGACGGCGAUAUAUACGACGAAACGUUGAUAAAUUUACUUCAGCAGUGUCAAUCAACGAUAGUUGCAUUUUCAACGACGUAUCUCGUCGAAACAUUGGACGUUUGUAUUGAGAACUCUUUUCUUCAUAAUAUCUUGCAUCUCUUGAUCAGUCUCGUGAAUGCCUCGAUAGUCCUCCAAUUUUCUAACCUAACUUCGUCUAUACGAAUGACUCACGUUUGUUCGUAAUGUCAAUGAUCGAUCGACGUUAGGUUUAUUGAGCCGUCCUAUGCGUGAUCAAAUGUUCAGCCGUCGUCAUUGUGGGUAAGUUCGUAUUAACAAUGGCGAGCGAUUUGUCAAGCGGUUGUACGGAGACUAUCGACAUCCUUGACGAGAAGGAAGAAGGCGAGAUUUCCUUGGAGGAUGUCAGUUCAUCCGAGGAGGGAGGGAUAGGUCAUUUGACCUGCGGCUACGUUGUCAGGACACGACGAACAUGUUCUGUGUGCAAAUCAACAUGGGGAGAUUGUGCAUCCUGGUGCACCGCCUCCAAGAUGCGCUACUCGAAGAACCAGAGCAGAAGAGAUCCAGUCAAAGGAAAGGAGAACCGUCAUCAUGUGAACGAAGCUGAUUGCGCGACGAUGAAGCACACGUCGACGUUACAAGAAAAGAACGAUGACCUGGUGCCUAUCUCGAGCGACAGCGACAUGGAAAUUGUGGGUCUCACGGAUAUGUCUAAACAGCUAGUAACACAAUCGAAGAUCAAGGUCAAGAAGAAGAAGAAGAAAAAGGAAUACGAGUACCUCACCGUCGACGACUUGAUCUCACCGGCCUCCGCCGAUCUACCCAUAACGGAUUGCUUCAACACGCUGAAAAGCGACUCCAGGGAAACUUCCAAUGAGGUUAACAAAAGCAGCAGAACGCGUUACAAGAAAUCGAGUCCGGUCCACCGAAGCAGCAGGACGCGUGUGAUCGCAAGAUCACCGCUCCGAAGGCAAAAGUCACCGGUAAACACGCACCCGUCGUUUCAUAGCUCGUUCCGCUCUCCUCUGAACCAUGCUCGAUCUCCGAAGAAGUCGCCGCGAAGGCUCAGGUCGCCCAAACGGUCGAACUCGUUGCACUCGGUGUCAUCCGUGCGGACGAGCUCCAGGAAGCCGUCGACGCGCUUGAACGCGUCGCCGCCGCUGUCGUCCACUUCCCAUCACAGUGAACGACAUGGCGGCGAGGUAACGAGGUUGUUAAAGAAGGUGAAGCACUUGGAUUCCGUGGGCACGAGCACGCCGGAGUCGAGCGUCCGGCGGAACAAGGAGCACCAUCCGGCAUCGUUGAAGGAAAAACUGAGCAACAUGAUGAAGAAGGUGCCGGACAGCAACGACAACAUGGCGCAGGACUUGAAAGAGAAAUUCUCGGCUACGGCCAGAAAUGUCGUCGAUGAGGAAGACGACCUGGCGCUGCUGCGACAGAAGGCACUGGAGACGAAGCAGAAAAACAAGCCCCACAAGCCGGAGCAUCCAGCCGAAGUGGAAUCGGAGGGAAAAGCGUCGACAUCGGUGACGACGAUGACGGCGGCGGCGGCGGCAGCAGCGGCAGCGGCGGCGGCGGCGGCGAAAAUGAACGAUGAUCAGGACGAAGAGGACCUGCAAUUGCGGAUGAUCGCGUUGCGCUCAGCGGUCAUGAAGAAACACCAGAACAGGGUGCAACGAGGCGUACGGACGAAGGGCAAGAAGAAAGCGGUGUCGAACCGCAGCGAGAGUCCGUUCACCCAGAGCUUCCUCGAGAAUAUCCCCAUGCCCAGUGACGAGCUGCUGCGGUUCGCUUCGCCACCGUGCACCCCACCGGUGCCGCCGUUGGCUGACAGCAAUCAUAUUGAGGACAUGGAGCUGGAUACAGAUGUCGAGAGAGAGAAGGAGAAGCUGCCGUAUUCUCCAACUGACAAGAUCACCGCCGACAUGCCCAUCGACACGGAACUGCUUGGCAUCGAGCCGUCGGACGUGUCGUUCAUCAAUUUUAACAACAGCCCGGUCUUGACAACGGGCGAUGAGCAAGGGUCACUGGCUGCCGGUGAGGUCUUGCCAACGUUGGACGACGUUUACCUCUCUUACUGCACGCCUUCCCCGAAUUGCUUCGCGUCUUCGCCGUUGCCGAGCAACAGCGACGAGAGCUUCCACGUCGACUCGAACGACGGUCAGAAAGAGUUGCCCGGCUACUUCAGGACCCUGCACGGCGACUGCAUCGAGUGCGACCUGAUAGAUGGCACUUGUUGCCAGCAGACAUUCGACGUCGUUGCCAGCGACAAGCCGCGCGGUUAUCCGAUCGCUCCCACGUACCCGGAGGUCGACAUGGCGUCGCAGGCUCUUCCAGUGAUCGAUUUUCCGACGCCUUUCAUGCUGCUGAAUCCCCUGCACGUGAGCCCGCAGCUGCAGAACAUUGUGGAGCCACCUGCCAGCGAUGAUCCACUCGCGAACGUGGUCUCCACGUACCCGGAACAGCAACAGUGCAACGUGCAACAAGUGUCUGCUUUAGGAACGAGCUCGCUGAACAAUAACAGUGCCUCGACGAUUGGCGUUCCUGACUCUUACGAGGCAUCUGCCGAUUCCCACGAGAACAAGAGUCACGAGGUUUUCCCCGUCGCAAACGGAGAUCUGCUGACGUCGAGCGCGAGUUACAUUCCAGGCGACGUGAUGCAGAUGUACUGCCAAGCCGACGCGACCAGAGAGCCUGCGUACAUGCAGGCUGUGCCGAAUGUCAGCAAAGGUGUUAAUAAGAUCCCCACGUUGAUCAACAAGACGCUGGUGCCGGUGCCGAUCCUGAAGUCGAACAAGCAGCUGCAGCAGCCGUUGCUAUCGACGGCCGCGAAGCACGAUUCCGCGGCGCACGCGGAACCGAGCUUCAGGAGCGCGAAGAUGCAGCCAGUGGUCCUCAUUACGGAUAUCUGCGACACAAAGAAGAGCACCGCCUUCAAGCCGAUCAAGCUGAUGCCAUCUCCGAAGAAGCGCUACCGCGUGCUCACGGCUCCCGUUAUAUUCGACGAGCCCACGAGCGAGGGUCUCGAGAACGACGCGUCCAAGAACGAUGCGUCCAAGAACGAUGCGUCCAAAAACGACGCGUCUAAGAGUGACGCAUCAAAGAGUGACGGCGUUUUGACGGCCAAGAAGCGGAAGCGCGCCAGGAAGACCAGCCAUAUGAGUGCUGACAUGGAGAAACCGUCCGCGGAGAAGGAGACUAGCCCGUGUACAGACAAUGUAAAUAAGAAUGUAAAUACGACCGUCGAAUUAGAGUUUAAGAAGAAGGAAGACAACGAUAAAGCACAAAAAAGUCUCACGAAGAGCGAAAGGGACACGGUAGGCACGGAGGCUCCACCCUCGUUACCUGACUUGAACGACAAAGACAUCAGGACAGAGAGCACAGACAGCGUCGAGAGAAGUGACCAGCCUGCGUCCUCGGAAGACAAGGAGGAACCGAAGCAGCAGCAGCAGCAGCAGCAGCAGACGUUACCGAGCUCAGACGAAUGCCCACAAGAGAAGAGUGCUGAGUCUAAUGAUCCAUCAGCGAACCCCUCCGACAACAGCACUACCAAUGAUCAAGUAGCCGAAAUGGCGGCGAAGGAUGCUAACAGGAGAGUGAGUAUGGAUGAAGACGAGAACGAACUACGAGCGAUUCUCUUGGCAUCCAUAACGAAGCGCACGACGAAGCCAUCAGAUGUGACCAGCAACACCUCUCCUGCGACGUCGGUUACGACGACCAGCAGCACAACGAGUAAACCUGCACCCGUGCAGACAGUAUCGGCGAAUACCUCACCAGUUGUCACGACAGUUAUUACUCCAGUGACCAAUGUGUCUGUCAACGGUACCAAAAAGAGACUCAGCACCGUAGCUGUGGGGACAAAGGGGCCCCCGAAGAAGGUAGUGAAGAAAGCACCUGUGCCGGCCAGUACGAAGAUGGUGAAUAACGCGAAGAAGUACCAGAACACUAUAGUGCAGCGAAGACUGAAUCCGCAGAAGCUCGAGGUGAAAGUCUUCAACAACAAGGCGAAGCAGCAGCAGCAACAGCCAUCACCGCCGCCGCCGCCACCGCCGCCGCCACCGCCGCCGCUGCCGUCAUUGCCGUCGCUGCCGUCGCUGCCACCGCCACCGCCGCAGCUGCUGCCGCUGCCGUCGGCCUCCCACCAAGACAACGUGUGGUCGGCCAACGUCGGGCCAGCGAAGAAGUUGUCAAUGGCAUACGCGAGCGAGACGCAGCGAAUUGUGAUCAAUCUGGGCUCGGACACUGACAGCGAGCCCGAGGCCGAAACCGAGAAAGGGAAUAAUGGGCACGCCGCGGCCGUCACGUCGACGGCCACCAGCACCAAUGCACAGGAGUCUAAUAGCGACUUCGAGAAGAGCCUGCACAAGUUUCUGCGCGAUGUGCGCAAGGAACACGAGACCGCCACGUCUUCUUCUAAGCCCGCUUCGACACAGUCGGAUGCGGAGAAGAAUUCGACCAACAUGCACACGCCAUUGGCCGUGAGGCAUCUAUCGGCAUCGAAGCAGGAGGAGUAUCGUCGUUUGAAACAGCAGAUCUUGGAGCGCGAGAAGUUGAAAGAGCAGAGGAAAGUGAUUAACAAGAGUAAUAACUGUAAUAGCGGUAGUAAAGUGCCCAAGAGCGCGUCGAACAUGUCCGUGAGACAGAAUCAGACUGAGUCGAAGGAGCCGGCGAAGAGUCCUCAACUAUCGUCGACGCAAGUUAAAGUGAAGGCCGCUGAUGCGGCGAAGAACACGACUGUGUUGAAUACAUCCCGUGCGUCUUCCAUCAAAGUUGUUUCAGCGAAUAUCUCUAAGCAGACGAAUUCAAUGCAACUGCAGACUAAAACGAUGAAGAAAACAGUGCCGAAUCUCAGCAUCCGGAUUACCAACAACAUCACGUCUGCUCAUGCCACUAUGGAAAGUAAAACGGCCGAGAAUUCGAACAUUUUGACGAACAAACUCCAGUCCAUGAGCGACAAGCAACAGUUUCGACCCGCUCUGAGGACGUUAUCCAGAGACGAGAUCAAUCGGAAAUACGUUCAGGUGCAAUUGAAGCAGGAUACGACCGAGCGGGUGGUCACCAUAAACGACAAGUCACCGAGCGUAUGGCGCGACUCGGUCAGCAGCAGCCAGAGCGACGAACCUACCAAGAAUAGCAGCGUCGUCAUGGAAGGUUCAGAUGAAAGAACGACUGAUAGAAGCAACAACAACGACAGCGACUUCUCUAACGCGACCACCGUGUUGAUAUCUAACACGAGCAGGCAAGAACUCGUGGACUCGAUGGAAACCACGAUGUCGCGUUCUCAGUAUGAGCGCGAGCGCGAAAUGAAUCGUAAUGUUUCAGCGUCGUCGUUGCCCUCGGCGGGUAACAGCCGUAACGAUGGAAACGACACUUUGCCCAAGUCCAACACGUGCGACAACGGUACGAAUAACACAGAGGACGUGUGGAACACGCUCAAACGGGACUUGAAAACGGAACUCGAAUGUCUCGCGCGUCUUCCCAAAGCGGAGCAACAGCAGCACCUGUCCGACAUCGAGAACAAAUUAGUCACGAGACGCUAUACCGUUCUAGAUCACCUAGCGGAUAUGUCAGGGAACCUUCGUCAGUGGGAUAUGGAGAAAGACUUGCAGAGUAGUCUAGCCAUCGAGGUGAAAAAACUCAGGGAACAGCUGAGGAUAGCUGAGGAGAGGCUAGAGAAGCAGCAUAAUCGUGUCAACAACGUGGGUCCGAAGAUCUCGGCGGCGCGCCAAGAGAUCAAUAUCGGCCGAUGCGAGUGCUUCAAGUUGUCCAGAAUUUGCACAAUUCUGGGCAACCAUCUCUUAGGGAAAAACUACAAGCUACCAGAGGCAGGAGAUCAGCUGUUGAAUGAUAAACUAAAGGAAGUCGCCGAUCAUACUUGCCAGUUCUCCAAGGAAAAACAGUCAUCCAACGAUGCUUCCGAAAAUUUCACACUUCCUACUUCGUCGCUGUUGGAGUUGUCUAACGUCAUAUUAGAAACCAUAGAAGAAGAUCCGUCGUUGCAAACACUGCCGACAUAUAACGUGACUAGGGGCUGUGAUGUGGCAGACUUGCAAAACGACAGUUCCUCGUGUUUGGAGCAAUGCAAUGAUACCGAAAACUCGCCAACGGUAGAUAUAUUGCGAACGCUUCCGAGCGAAGCAACGCCAGCGAGAAAGAGUCAAACCUCGGUGACUAUAUCGAAGUCUGGUAGCGACGAACAAGACUCGCCCGACCAAGACAGAUUGCUCUCCGAACCAAAGCUAAGUAGUACUCCUAUAUCAGUAGAACGAAAUAACGAGUGUGCGAAAAGAACUUGUAGGGUGGAUAUCCCUGUGUCUGCCACACCUUCAGACUCAGGAUUGUCGCCAGUAAGCUCUACGCCAUGCCCCGAAAAUGAACAACGAGAUAAAAAGGAAACGCAGCUGCCGAUGACAACAGCGACCGCCACGACGACGACAACGACGGCGACGAUGACGGCGGCGACAACGGCAACGACAACAGUAACAACGAAAACGACUCCCUCGACGAUGAUGAGUACAUCAAUGACGACGACGAUAACGACGACGACAACGACGACGACGACGAUAACGACGACGACGGCAACAGCAACGGCAACGGCAACGGCAACGGCAACGAAGACAAUUAAGCCUUAUGUUUCGAUAUUGACACAUUUAAAAACACCAAGGAUUGCGAACCCCAACGGAAUUCUGUGCCCCUACGAUUUGAUGGGUAUCUGCAACGACCAAGAUUGUCAGUUUGUCCAUCAGUCAACGAGUGCUACAUGAAAUAACACAUUACUACUGAAAAUAUUCAACAUGCCAUACGUAAGGUGGUUCUGAUUUCUCAACGUCAAACGUGGGUCGCGCUCACACACUCGGGAGAUAAACUCACUAAAAGAUACAAACUAAAAUUAAAUUAAAAUUAAAUUUCAAAGUGACACGUACACACUUGGUUCCGACACGGUUUGGACAUAUUUGUUCCUCGAUACAUUUUGGAACGGAAUAAAAUGGUCCAAUGAGAGAACUCAAUUUGUAGAAAUUUGUCGAAAACAAGUUUUCUCAUUGAGACAUCAGCUGUGUCCCAAACUGCAAACUCGAGGAAAAAGUAUCUGAGACAUAUUGAAACCAAGUGUGCGCGAAUGUGCAUACAUAUUUGUAUGAAAUGUCGAUGAUGAUCGCAUAAAAUUUCGUUUUAACAUAAAUCUACUCGCCAUCUGGAUCAUUGUUGACAUUUACAUACAUAAUAGCAGUUAGCUGUAAUAAUCCUCUUCAAGCAAAUGCCUUUGCUUUCCAACUUGCAGGUGAUCGUCAUUUUAUCAUCGUACAUGUUAAUACGUCGAUAUACAGACGGGAUCACACGCGUUGUACGGGCAGAGGCAACACCCGAAGAUGGUAAGUUGUCUACAUCCAUGGCAGACGCGUUUAUUCACGAUCCCGAGAUCACGAUUUUGUUUUGUAAAGAAGUUUUACAUGUGAGACGGGAUUCGUUGUCGUUUUUAUUUUUUCUUUUUUUUUUUCCCCCCCUUAAACGUCGCGUUGAUACGAAGCCUUGAGAGGUACUCGCAAUUCUCUCGAAAGUUCAAAGCAAAUUCCUACGAGUGUCUAUUUUUACGAUUAUGAGAGGAGUAAGGAAAAAAAGUGUCGCAAACUGCAAGCAAUCAGUGUGGUUGCUGUAAAGACAGAAGAAGAGUUAUUUGAUCACACUUAAACUAAGGAAGAACUAAGACUUGAAAGAAGAGAUGACCCAGCGACUGUGAAAGGCUCAACGUUGAACGAUUACAUCCGUUAGUCUUUCUUCGUACUUCUAUAUAAGUUACCUCAUAUUAGUAAAUAUCUUAUUUCUGUACAAUAAAAUUGCAUAUUUUUUUCUUA